AGAAGCUCCAGUAGGAAGUCAGGCUGCAGUCCAGCGUUUUCCGUAAAGUCUCUUCAAGCUUGUGAUGGACAAAAUUCCCGUAUUUAAUUUCAGCCUGCUGCAGGUGUCUACUGACGGGAAACUGUUAGCUAUUUCUGCUAUUAGCUAUUUUUAGUUUCAGUUUCGUGUUAAUGUUUCUUCGUUUUUAGUUCGUGAGGUACUCGGUGUGUAAUUUAAUUUAAUCCCACGUUGAUAAACAGGUUUAUUUUUAGUUAUUUAACCUCAGAAGUGUGUAAAGAUUCACAAGAGCAACAAAAUGAACUGUGGCCUGCUGACAAACAAGAAUGAACCAGUUCCACUAAAGAACAUCGAGGUGGAUCUGCAGGUUCUGGGGCAUGUAGCGACAGUGACCUCCACACUGAAGUAUAUAAAUGAGGAAGAUAACACCCUGGAAGCCGUGUUUGUCUUCCCCAUGCCUUCAGGAGCUGCUCUCUGCCAUUUCAGUGCCAAGAUUGCAGAUCAGGAGAUAGUGGCUGAGGUGCAGGAGAAACAGGAGGCGCGGGAGCAGUACGAUGAUGCACUGAGUUCAGGUGAACAGGCGUUUCUGCUGGAGGAGAGUGAGGAGUCUGCGGACGUGUUCAGGCUCAGUGUGGGCUCUCUGCCUCCACACCAGAGUGCCGCUGUAACCUUCAUCUAUAUCAUUGAACUGAGUGUGCAGGCUGACCAUUCACUGCAGUUCUGUCUGCCUGCAGUACUCAACCCUCGCUACACACCAGCUGGUACAGGGGGUGGUAUAGUGUCAGAGAUAACAUCAAGUUCCACUGGUAUCCCCUACUCCCUCUCUUUUACAGCACAUAUAAACUCUCCAAACCCCAUCACUAAAGUGGAGUCCAAAUGUCCUCUAGAGCCUCUGAUGUUCCUCAACACAGACCACACCAAGGCAAAGGUAUGCUUCUCAUUUGGGAUUGGUGAAGGUGCAAGUUCUGCACUCAUUACAGGAUUGGCUGAGAACAGCUGUGGCCACGCCCAGUUCAUCACAGGAACUGAUCGCAUGCAGGCCAAAGUAAUGCAGUCUCUUCGCUAUGCUUUACAACCAGCAGUGACUGAUAUCACUGAGGACUGGUUUGGAUUAUCUUUCUCCCAUCUGAGCCCCCAAAUUAAAUCACUGUUCCAUGGUCAAAGAGCACUGAUUUAUGCCCAGUUGAAAGGAGAGGAAUGUCAGAACCCAGAUGCUAAGGGAAAAAUAUCAGUGCAUUAUCGCCUGGGAGUUCAAGAGGUCACAAACAGUGUUGACUUCUUCCUGAAGCCUGUUGAGAACACAGGGAUGGCCAUCCAUAGGCUUGGUGCUCGCUCUCUGAUCCGUUCUUUGGAAAGAGACGAGAGGGUUGAUGGAGCAGAUAAAGAUGCUCUGAAGGCCAGAGUGGUGGAACUGAGUAAGCAGUGUGGAGUGAGCAGCUCACACACAGCCUUCAUAGCUGUUCAUAAGGGCAAGAAACAAGCUGUGAAGGGGCCGCUGGUGAAGAGGAGAAUUCUUCUUCUUUAUUUUGUAACUGCAAUAUAACAUUUCUCUACAUACUGUAUACA